CUUUGGUCAUUAGUCAUAUACCUAGAAAUAAAUAAAUACAAAACAAAACUUAAAUUUAGGCAAAUGAAUAACUCAAAAUAGAAUGCAUGAACUUGUCAAAACCCAAUUGAACUACUUCCAAAAAUUUCUUCGUUCAACCGUUUAAUUCUCAUAUCUCCACAAAAUCUCCUUUAAAAACCCAACUAAUCACCAUUCUCUCUUCAAACCCAAAUCAAAAAACCAACCCACCAAUUACUUUCCUUUCCUUUCCUCUCCUCCAAACAUGAAUUACUCAUCUCCAUUUUUCUUCGCCACUUUUCUCCUCAUCCUCCUAAGCUUCUUCCCCCAUCAAAAUGCAGCAAACUCAAAACUCAUCGACCAAAGCUGUGAAAAAACCCUCUACAAAGACCUCUGCAAGCUCACCUUACGUUCCUCGCAUGAGAGCAAGGGCGCCGACCUCGUCGGCCUGACCAAGAUCGCUUUGAAGCUGGCUUCUUCCAACGCCACGCGCAUUCACAGCCGCAUUGACCAGCUUCUCGCCUCGACUAAAGACAGAAACGUGGAGCAGAGCUUGAAGGAGUGCUCCGAGCAGUACGGGGACGCCAUUGAACAGAUCGAAGACUCGCUUGCCGCGUUGGAUUCCGAAGGCUACGCCGAUGUCAAUACGUGGGUGACAGCCGCCAUGAGCGAUGCGGACACGUGCGAGGAAGCUUUCGAAGGACAGGAUUCGCCCGUGGAAGGGCUGAGCAAGUUAUUCGGCCAACUUUGUAGUAUUACGCUCACGUUCUCCAAUCUUUUAGCUAAUGGUGGAAAGUAAAAUUAAAAUGGCAAAG